GGCUAAAGCCUUAAAUUGCCCCUGCACCCUCCGGGUGGGCCGAACAUACGAGUGUGCUGACACACUUGGACGCGUGGCGUUCUGAGCCAUCCGAUGCUCCAAUUAGUACCCCGUCAGGUUUUCUUGCAUCGACUCAGAGUGAUUUCUGGGCCAGGAGCGGUCCCUCGGAGAGCAACCUAGCCAGGAGAGGAAGAGGAGGAGGAGGAAGACACUGUGGUGUAUUUAUAGAAAAACCAGGCCUCACAAUACUCUUUUUUUGGAGACAGAAUUAAGGAACCAAGGUGCAUGGGUGCACGUGUCCCAGUUUUCUGAUUAACUGUGAAGGAGGCUAACCCAGGGAUGAUUCAGGGAUGAGAUGCAGGACGAACUCUUCGCACACUCACUUUUCUGUACACACUCACCUUUUUGCUCACGAGGAAGGAAUGGGGCAGCGUUUUCGUUUCGCUGCGUGGUUUUCUGUGUGACUUUGGGCUUGGAUGCUGUUUUCUCCUCCCUUUAUUGAAGGAAUCACAGCCCACUUUACCUUUUUUUUUUUGAGGGGGCAAGAUCAUGAAGAAGUUUUUGCAGAACAAAAAGGGCAGAUACUCUUUUCGGCAGAGCAAAAGGGGGGCUCGGUGUCCGAAGGAUUUCUUUCUCAGCAUGCCGACUUCCAACCAGGGCUGGCCGGAGGAAUUCGGCUUCCAGCUGGGGGGCUAUGGACCCAGCUACAUUCUGUCUGUGGAGGAGGGCAGCAGCGCCCACCUGGCAGGGCUGCAAGCCGGAGAUCAGGUUCUGGAGAUUGAGGGCCAAAACGUGUCGACGCUGGCUCCACAGGCAGUCAUUGCCAUCGCCCAGACCCAGAAGAACAUCCCCCCAAGCAUUGGAGUGGUGUCCCGCAUACAGCAGGCAGGUGUUGCAGCUCCGAAUCCCAAACAUGGCGUCUAUAAAGAUGGUUUAAUACGAGGCUUCACGUCUGACUUC